UGCCUUCUGCAUAUUCGCCGCAUAUAAAUUAUUAGUUGGCAUAAACGAAUGUUAUUGUUUACAAUAGCAAAAUAAAAUUAUUACAAUUUGUACUGAUAAAUAAAGUUUUGAGAAAAAAAUAAUUUAUUCAAUAUGGAAAUGGAGUACGAGGACGCGGGUUGGCAAGGUCGUCAAAAACAACCAGGCGAGGACGAGGAAAUGCCCGAGGAUAAUCCACAAGAAACCAUUCAAGAAUGUCUCGAAAAGUUUCUUACACCAGAUUAUAUAAUGGAGCCAGGUAUAUUUACGCAAUUAAAGCGAUAUUUCCAGUCGGGUGGCUCACCAGAAGAAGUUAUCACAAUGCUGUCGGAAAACUAUAAAGCUGUAGCGCAAAUGGCAAAUUUGCUUGCUGAAUGGCUUAUACUUGCAGGAGUUAAAGUCACCGAUGUACAAGCAAUGGUUGAAAAUCAUCUUAAAGACAUGAUAUUGAAGACCUUUGAUCCUAAAAAAGCCGAUACGAUUUUCACAGAAGAGGGGGAGACGCCUGAUUGGUUAACGGAAAUGAUAGAUCAUCAUACAUGGCGUUCGCUUAUAUAUCGUUUGGCUGAGGAGUACCCCGACUGCUUAAUGUUGAACUUCACCAUAAAAUUAAUCUCAGAUGCAGGUUUCCAAAGUGAAAUCACAUCAAUUUCAACUGCGGCACAGCAAAUUGAAGUAUUUUCGCGCGUGUUAAAAACUUCCAUUACAAAGUUCCUCAACAAUCCAGAAGACAUACAAGGUGCUAUACAAGAAUGCGCGCGCAUGGUGUGCCACGGACAGCAUACCUAUGUUUACUCGCAAGUGUUAAUUCAGGUAUUAAGUCAGGAGUCAAAAGGUGGUUUCAAUAUGAAGCGUCUUUCACAAGAGAUCACAAAGUAUGCACUACAAAAUAAUCAAAAUGUGACUCCUAUCACUAUGGCUCUCAAUGGCUCUGCAGCAUAUCCACAAGCCUGUCAGGCUCUGUCAUCUAUGCUUUCGCGCAACACACUCAAUCCUGCUGAUAUUACAGUAUUGUUUCGAAAUUAUUCUGCCGCAGAUCCACCACCGAUAGAUUUAAUACGCAAUCCCCAAUUCCUUGAAUUGCUUGUAGAUUCCUUAUUCAAAGCAGGAGUAAAAAUUAAUCCCGAACACAAGUCCAAAUAUAUCCAUUUGUUGGCUUAUGCUGCUUCAGUGGUUGACACGCCGGCAAAAAAGCGCCCAAUGACCGACCGUGUGCUCAAUAAAGAUGAAUUGAAAAGCACAAUACAGGCAAUAGAAAAAGUGCACUCAAUUUGUAAUGUAAACAAAGGCUCCACCGAAUUGAUUGCGGAGUUGCAAACGCUCUACAAUUGCAUUAAAUAUCCAGUGGUUGGUGUUGGAGUUAUACGUUGGAUCGAAAACACGGUCACAGAACCGUCUUACUUUAAGCUAUCUACCGACAGUUGUCCUACUCAUUUAGCCAUACUAGAUGAAGUUGCUGCUGUGCAUCCUACAUUGCAUCAACAAAUUUUGCGUUUACUUAUAAGGCUGUUCGAAUCGAAACAGGACGAGUUAGAGAUCUUGGUGCAAUUAGAAAUGAAGAAAAUGUUACUGGACCGAAUGGUUAAUCUAUUAACUCGCGGCUGCGUAGUGCCUGUAGUGAAAUAUAUUAAGCAGUGCUGUGCUAAAGGUGAUACUGACAUAUCACUCAUUCGCUACUUUGUAACUGAAGUACUUGAGACGAUAACGCCUCCAUAUUCGCCAGAAUUUGUGCAACUGUUUUUACCAAUGGUGGAAAAUGAGGAGAUUACGGGCACUAUGCGUGGUGAAGGUGAUAACGAUCCUGUUUCGGAAUUUAUAGUGCACUGCAAAGCUCGUUACACCACCGUUUAGUGAUGUGAUUCGAAAUAUUGAAAGAUAUUGGUGUUAUCCUGAAAGCUCAUAUCAAGAACAACUUCAACUUCAAUGG